CGUCGCAAUAUAUAAUUCAGAGGCAUAGAUGUUGAUAUCAAGUGUAAAAACAAAACUUUAACAUGAUACGUCUAUGCUUUAAACAUAGCUUGAAUGACAGUUAAGGUAGUUUUAACACCCUAAAGAAUUUACAAUGACACAAAGGUCUGAGAAAUUAACUUCCUUCUUACGCAGCCAUCGAGCCUAGUAGCAGUAAAACAGCAAAUUUGUGGAUUAUAUCAAACUUAACUGCAGUUAAGAUCGAAAUUUUGAAAAGAACCAAUUAUGACUGAUACAAUUCCUACAAAUAGUCCCAAAAGUAAAAGCACAGAGGCCACUGAAUCUUCCGGAAAAGAAAGCGACCCAUAUGAGGAGCAACUAAGAGAUUCGAAUUGUCCUACACCAGAGAAAAUUUUAAAAGUGUGUUUUGCCAUAUUUCUGUUUAUCAUAGUGAUCUGCAGUGGAUUUGUUGCAAGAAUAUCACUUCAUAUCCUCAUAUGGCACACGAGUCCUCCAUUACCGUCAGGCAGGGACAAACUUGGUACACUCGGUGGUUUGUUGGAGUCCAACUGUUCUCGGUGUUCCUCAAAUAACACAACAGCUUGCAAAUUGGACGCUUUUCAGGUUGACGAAUCUUGGAUAUGGGCAGUAUUCCUUGUCAUCAUUGCACCCUACUUAUUAACAUUUUUUUCCACGUUUUUUAGAAUUUGCUUUAAAUCGAAUAAAGCAAUUAACUGGAAAAUACUAUUUGUGGCACUGGUUAUCGAAACAAUCCAUUCUGUUGGUCUUACAAUCUUAGCAUUCGUCAUAUUACCUGUAUUCGAUCCUGCAUCUGCUUCUGUUGUCUAUAUGUCUGUAGCAGUGAUACCGUCUGUAUUAGAUGUUAUUGAUAAACUGGCAAGCAGACAAGGGACUCAAGUUUCUCACAGUUUUCCUUUGUGCAACGAGUCCAAAAAGAUCUCAGUUAUAUUUCCUGUUAUAGGGGCGGUUUUUCAAAUGACUGGAAUUGGAUUUGUUGCUUGGUACAUAAAACAUGAUUUGAUGGUCGGCUUGUUUGUUAUAGCUAGCAUUUUUGUUUCUAUAAAAUAUUGGGAAAACUUUAUUAGCAUUAAACAGAACUCUCAAAAUUUGAAUCAUUUUAAAAAGCUGAAAUUCGAAUUACAAACUGGCCGGACUAAGGUAACAUGCCUUGUAAGCAUAUGGAAGAUUGUUAUAACUUUUCUUGUAGUAAUUGCUGUUUUUUGUGUACGAUCAAAUAACUCAAUUGAUGGUUUCAAAUCUCUCUUUAAUCAUGGAAUGUCGACUUUAUAUGCUUUAUUUGGUACGCAAGAAUUUGGACGAAAUUCAAUAUGCCAAGGUCAUGUGCCAUUUUUAAUAGCUAUGGUUACCAUUGUAUGUGACUAUUUGUGUUACAAAGCUUCCAAAAUCGUCUGUGUCAUUAACUGUCAAAGGUUCGCUUUCAGUCCUAUAUUAACUAUGAUACCAAUUGUUACAACUAUGUCCUUAGUUGGUCUAAUGUAUGAUCCAAAUUUUCUAAAAAUUGAGUCAUGUGACUUAUUUUUUUCUGACUGGUGUGUGAGAGGAAUUGAUAGGCUACCAAAAAGUUGCUUAGAAAUCUUGAUUGCGUUCAUAUUAUUUACUGUCUCCAUGAUUUUCAUAACAAGGCAUAUAUGGAAAGUUGAUGGAUGCAAGCAUGGAGAGACAUCGAGGAUAUUUGUGAUGCCAUUCUAUUGUGGAAUGUUUAUAGACCUUUCAUUGGCAUUAAAUCGUCGAAGAAGCGACAAAGAAUAUGACAUAGUUCUAGGCACGAAAGAAGAAGAUGAAACAAAUGGAACCGAGAAGAGGAAAAUGCUGUAUGCAUGUUGUGCAACAAUGUGGCACGAAAAAGCCGAAGAAAUGGAACAGUUGUUGAAGUCUUUGUUCAGUUUAGACCACAGACAGUACACAAACGACUUGCAUGCUAAAGGAACAAAGGAUGCAGAUGAUGUAGAAACUUUUGAUUUUGAAGGACAUAUUUUCUUCGAUGACGCUUUUGAUCCUAUAAAAGAAGGAGAAAAAUGUGCUGAUGUCAAUAAAUAUGUAAAAUGGCUAAUCAGUGCUAUGCAUAAAGUUGGAAGCUCUUUUCAUAAAAGAAGAAUAUUAUUUGAUGGUGGCGAUAUGUUGAGAACACCAUAUGGCGCACGGAUAACUUGGAAACUACCAGGAGGGAAUGAUUUAGUCGUUCAUCUAAAGGAUAAGAACAAAAUACGGCACAAAAAACGAUGGAGUCAGGUGAUGUACAUGAAUUAUAUAUUAAAAUGGAAGUUGCAAAACAAGUUCGGCAGAUCUGGCCUUCAAGAUGCAGCAGAAAAUACGUUUCUCUUGGCCCUUGAUGGAGACGUCAAAUUUGAGCCAGAAGCAGUUCUAAGCUUAAUGAGACGAAUGAACAAAUCAAAAAUCGUUGGUGCUGCAUGUGGGAGGAUUCAUCCAAUCGGUACAGGUCCUAUGGUGUGGUAUCAGCAAUUUGAGUAUGCAAUCAGUCAUUGGUUACAAAAAGCAACAGAACACGUGAUUGGCUGUGUAUUGUGCAGUCCUGGUUGUUUUAGCUUAUUUCGUGGUUCUGCACUAUUACACUCCGACACUCUGGAAACGUAUACAACCGUAGCCUCUGAAGCUAAACAGUAUGUUCAGUAUGACCAAGGCGAGGAUAGAUGGUUAUGCACUUUGCUUUUAAAGAAAGGAUGGAAAAUUGAGUAUUGCGCAGAAUCGGAUUCAUACACUUCUGCACCUGAAGAGUUUUAUGAAUUUUUCAAUCAGCGUCGUAGAUGGACUCCUUCUACAAUGGCAAACAUUCUAGAUUUAAUCUUAGAUUAUAAGAAAAUAACGAAAACAAACCAAAAUAUUUCGUUCUUGUACAUAGUCUAUCAUGUCUUCCUGUUUGUAUCAACAUUACUUACACCAGGCUCAAUAUUCAUGCUGAUAUUAGGCGCUAUUAUUUUGGGAUUUGAAGCAAUUCCACCAUGGCUGGCACUCAUUCUCAACCUCAUUCCUGUUGGCAUAUUUAUAUUGAUGUGUUUAUAUGCGUCAUCACAGAAACAGCUUCAAUAUGCCGCCGUUCUGUCUGCAGUAUAUGUGAUAGUGAUGGUUAUUGUCAUGAUUGGUGUAAUAAGAGAUGCUUUAAAUGAGGGUCUAUGUUCGAUUACUACCAUCUUACUGUUGUUUGUAGCCGGAGUGUUUGUUAUAUCAGCAUUAGUGCAUCCAAAGGAGUUUUUGUGUAUAAUGCCAGGACUUCUGUACUUCGUGGCCAUACCAUCGAUGUCUAUGCUAAUGUUCUUGUAUUCUAUUGGAAAUUUACAUAUUGUUUCUUGGGGAACAAGGGAAACUAAGCAAAAAACCGAAUCUGAUUCCCCAAAGAAGACUCAUACACCAGAAAAAGAAGAAACCGGAUAUUUUUGUUCACUUGGUAAUUUUGUUAGCUGUAUAUUUUGUCCAACAAACAAAUAUACCAAAGAAGACUUUCUGUAUACCAAUAUGAUUAAUGAAGUGAAUGUUUUGGUGAACAAGAACGAGAAUCAAGAAGGGGAAGACAAAAAUGAAAAAGAUAUAGAGCGUGGGGAAGGAGUGGCUGAAGACUCAGAUUUGUGUACUGGAAAACAUGAUGAACGAAAACAUUUAAACGAGGAACAAAAGGAUGAAAAUAAGGAUGAUAAUGAAAAGCAUUACUAUUUCGAUAAUGCAGCACCAAAGAUUCCUAAGGACGAACGGAAAUUUUGGAAAUCAAAAAUUAAGCGAUAUUUAAAGCCAUUAGAAACGAAUAAAGAACAAGAGACCAAAGUGCAAGAAGAACUAAUUGAAUUGCGAAACAAAGUGUCACUGUUCGUUUACUUGUUAAAUGCAAUCUUAGUUACAGUUAUGUUUGGAUUAACCCAAGUUAACACUUUCAAGGAUUCUUUGUCUUUAUCCAUAAUAUGUGAUAAUAAUCCAGUUUCGAUAGUGCCAAUAGCUUUACUGUUUGCUGUUGUCUUUGGUUUGCUACUUUUGAUUCAAUUUCUCUGUAUGUUAUACCAUAGAUUUUCUACAUUGAUACAUAUAUCAGCAAGCACUGAUAUCAGAGAAAGUAACGAAAUUAAAGAGGCAAAAAUGGAUAUGAAGAUUGUUGAACUUUUGGUGUCUCCAGAAGCUUCAUUACCAUCAAAACAUGAACCCACUUGUGAUAAAGCAAAAACUAUUCCAAAUGGAAAUAGACAAGUGCUACCAGAAAAAAUCAUACCGUUAAAAGACCUUGAUGCUGUUGUUGGAGCAAAUGCUGAACACCUUCAAGGUGCAUUAUAUCAGAAGCACAGAAAACUAGUGGAACAGGUCAUGGGUAGAUGGGCAAAAAAGGCGAAAUAUGUUAAUAAUGAUAAACCAGGUAUGUUACAGCUCGUUCAAGAAGCUACAAAACAGAAAUUAAUUGGUCUUAAGAAACAUAAGGACAGCAAAGAAGAUGUUAUGACAGAAAUACCUGCUACCAAACGAACAAACGGAAACAAGGUGAAGCCAGUAGGCAGUCCAGAACAAAAAAGAAAACUUUCGUCAUCAUCAAUUUCAAGUCAAAACGAGGUUAAUGCUCAAAAGGAAAAUGACAAUGAUUCUCUAAGUGAAAGUUACAAUGGUCCUGAUACUAAUGACUCGAAUGUUUAACAAUAAUAAGUUAUGCUUAGAUUUUUAUAUGACUAAUGCCAAUAAUGGCUGUAGUUUUUAGUAGAAAGGACUUUUUUAUUUAUAGCCAUUUUUUUUAUAUCGUUUAUACUCCUUUUUAAUUAUAUUCAUAAUAGACUGUUAAUUGGAUAGCGAAUUUAAUUCAUGUUUUAGUCACUCAAUAAUGAUGUUAACACAUGGAUUUCUAAUUAUGGCAGAUGUUUUCUACUCGUUCCUUUGGUAAUAAACUUAGAACUUGCCUUGGAGUUCGGUAAUUUUGUUAUACUUUUUAUAACCAGUUGUAUAUACACUUAUUUUAAUUAUUAACGUAAUAAAACUUUAAAAAUGUAUAAAAAUUAUUUUAACCUUACAAUAACAAAAAUGAAAAUUUAAGAUCGAAUCAUUACAAAAAGAAUUACUGGUAAUCAAUAUUCAUAUUUUUAUUGUAGUUAACGGUAAAAUAUUUUAACAAUACUAAGUUCUGCAUAGUUUUUACAUGCCAAAUAUACAUCCAAUUCUAAAACCGAUUACAUUUUUCAUUAAAAAUCUUAAAUAACACUUUCACAUAUCACAUUAUGUAUAUAUUCUAAUUUAUAAAAAAAAUCUAUCUUUAAAAUUCUAUUCUUAAGUGGUUCACGACUCAGUAAACAAAAUAAUGAUACUUGUUUAAGACGUCGUUAUUUUCGUAGUAAUUUUUUAAUCAAUCAAGUUUUUUCUGGAUGGUCAUGGCUUCUACUGCUACAUUAUUUAGGUACAUUAUAAUUAACUGUGCUGAAUCAGUAAACUUUCACUACUCACAUUAUUGUCCCUCGCACGACGCAUUGAAGGAGACAUAGAAAUACAGGGCGUCCGGUCUUGUUAGCGCUCUCAUGUGUACAUUAUGUGCCAGAUUUUUAUAAAACUUAUGUCAUAGGUUUUUAUCACCAUUGUCCAAAAAUCGGUGCCGAUCAACAAUUUUUGAAAGAGUUAUACCCCUCGGAAUUAAUAAUUUUGUCGGAAAUUGCAUUGUAAGCGUUCUUAUGUGUAAUAUUCUUGCCAUUAUUCUAUGAAACUUAUAUCAACGGUUUAUAUCAGCAAUGUAUCGAACAAGUUCGAAUAUCAGUGCUUAUCAACAAUUUUUAAAAGUGUUAUGCCCCUAGAUAUAUCGGAAAUUGAAACUGCUCUCUAGCAUUCAUUUCUCUAAGAUAUUAUAAAAAUUUUAAGAAAAAAAGAAGUUAUUUUUAGUUAUUGCCCUUGGACAGAUAAAAUUUGUGCAUUACAGGGAACAUUGGAACUCUGUUCUUAUAUUGUAUAUUCUGACGAUAUAACAUAAAGUUUAAAAACCUGAGGGAUUUACAUGAAUUUCAAAAAUAGCGAAAUCGGAUGCGUCGAUAUGGUAAGCGUCUCCUUCUAUGCAUGCAUCACCCGCCAUGCAAAUCAACACUUAAUCAAAAUGUUAAAAUCGGGAAAUGGACACAAUCGAUAAAAUUACAGAUAAGACGACUAUUCUGGAAUAUAAAAAUCUAAGACUGCAGAAACAUGUCGCUGGUGAAAUGAGACACAGACACAUCGUAUCAAUCAAUUGGGUGAUGGUAAUACAUAGUCCCGAUAUCAGUCUGUUUUUUUUUUCUCAAGCUCUUUCGGAGCAGUUUUUAUGCAAACUGCAAUAAAUACAGUCAUUGUCUAUGAGUGAACUGACUUAAAUGAUAUUCCCUUAAAUUUGUAUCUAGGGUACAAAAAUAACUCAGAAAUUGCCUACAUCAAAGAUAUUACUUAUGUAAAGAGGUAUAUCCCUUAGGUUUAAAUAAAAUGUCCUAAGGGUAAGUAGCAAUGAAGCCAUUCACAAUCAAGCUAAAAAUAAGGUUUAUUCCUGCUAUUCCUACAUUUGAUAAUCCAGUAUGUAAAAUGUAAGAAAUCCAUGUAGGAAUAGGAGGAAUGCUUGUCCAACAUGGGAUUAAGGCGGAUUAGGUUGUAAAAACAUGAAGCUAAUUAACUUCAUGUAAAUUUAAAUGAAAUAUCCUUUUAGUUUUCAAUUCAUGUGCAACUUUAGUGUACUAACAGUUUAAAUGGUGUAAAUUAUCUAAAGAAAUAUAUAUUCUUGUCUUUUUUGUACUGUUAAAUUAUAUUUGUUUCCUCUUAUAUCACUGAGAGACAAUAAAUAAAAAAAAAUCGGAA